ACUGCUUUACACACCCCAGACAUUACAGCACAGACAGUCUCUGUGCUACCAUAUCACACUCCUUGUCCCCGCUCAGUGCCUGGCAGCAAUAUUCCUGGUGAACUUGGCGUACUAACUUUUCUGAGAUAAAGAAGGAAAAGACGAAGAAGACAAUUUCACCUUGUCCUUCAACCCACUCCUGUCUCUACUGCAGUAAACUUGGCAGCAAUUCUUUCCUGGUUAGUACUGAUCCAGAACUUUGCAUUCCCAUUGACUCUUCUUAUUCCUAUUCAGAUCUACUGCAUGCUCCACAAUGAUGCUGCAAGCAGUUUGUGGAUGUGUUUCACUGUGACGGAAUUGGAACUUACUGGAGAAAGGAGACAGUGUGUCUGGAAGAAUUUGGAGAAAAGGGGAAAAGAGACCUACUGAGGCUUUUAUUUCUGGCUUCGCUCCUGGGGUUGAAAUUUUUGCAACGUGGAUCACUAAGCAGAGAGUCAGAACAGAGUUUCUUGCAAGUAUGACUGGGAUUUGACCUAAACUGAUUCUACGUGUGAGAAGACCCUACUGAGGAACCGAGGAUGGCUACGCUCUCAGAAUCUGUUACUGAGCAUAUUGGUAUGAUGUCUCAGUCACAGACUUCUUCAGCGAGUGAACCCCAAUGCUACUACAAUGAAACCAUAACCUUUUUCUACAACCGUAGUGGGAAACCCCUUGCCACGGAAUGGCACACUGUCAACAAGCUGGUGAUGGGACUUGGCAUCACUGUAUGUAUAUUCAUCAUGUUAGCCAACUUACUGGUUAUGGUGGCUAUUUAUGUAAACCGCCGUUUCCACUUUCCUAUUUAUUACUUAAUGGCAAAUUUGGCUGCUGCAGACUUCUUUGCAGGGCUAGCUUACUUUUAUCUAAUGUUUAACACGGGUCCUAACACUAGAAGAUUGACUGUGAGCACGUGGCUGCUUCGGCAGGGUUUGAUUGACACCAGCUUGACCGCCUCUGUAGCCAAUUUGCUGGCAAUCGCCAUAGAAAGGCACAUUACAGUAUUCAGAAUGCAGCUGCACACCAGAAUGAGCAACAGAAGAGUGGUUGUGGUGAUAGUAGUCAUCUGGACUAUGGCUAUUGUGAUGGGGGCAAUACCAAGCGUUGGAUGGAAUUGUAUCUGCGACCUUGAACACUGCUCCAGCAUGGCUCCACUCUACAGUGAUUCCUACUUGGUUUUCUGGGCCAUUUUCAACUUGGUUACAUUUGUGGUCAUGGUAGUUCUCUAUGCACAUAUAUUUGUGUAUGUCAGGCAGAGGACUAUGAGAAUGUCAAGGCACAGUUCUGGUCCCAGGAGAAACCGCGACACUAUGAUGAACCUUCUGAAAACUGUUGUCAUUGUUCUAGGAGCAUUCAUUGUUUGCUGGACCCCAGGCUUGGUUCUGUUAUUACUUGAUGUGUGUUGUACAAAGUGCAACAUUCUGGACUAUGAGAAGUUUUUCUUGCUGUUGGCUGAAUUUAACUCUGCCAUGAAUCCCAUUAUUUACUCCUAUCGAGACAAAGAAAUGAGCGCCACAUUCAGACAGAUCCUGUGCUGCCAGCGAACGGAGAAUGCCAAUGGUCCCCAAGAAGGAUCAGACCGCUCUGCCUCUUCACUUAACCACACCAUCUUGGCUGGUGUCCACAGCAAUGACCAUUCUGUUGUUUAAACUAGGACAAGACAGGUUAGAAGCCAGAACUGUGGAGGCCAAACUGGAGUGUCUGCCCCACUGUUGAAUGUUGCAGAACCAGCAUUGUGCUAACUGUUCCUAAACACUAACGGGCUACUCCAAAGUUACUGAACUCAGAUGAACAUUAACAAAUGAAUGUCUAAUGUUAAAACGCAGUAGUUAACCUACAGUACAUGGACCAUCUUUAUGAACUUGUCACAUUAACUGUCAUUUCAUGUAGAAACAUAGAUCUUUUUAAAAAGGUAUAUUCCAUUAAAUAAAACCUACAUUUCCUUUUUUUAGUCCCAUCAGCAUGCCUGUGAUGGAAACUGUUUGGAGUGGUUUGGUAACAUUUGUAUUGCUGCACUGCCUUAAAAGACAAAAAUAGAUACAGUAUUUUUCUAAUAUAAACAGGAGCAUUGUGCUAGUUUUGUGUGUAUUCAUUCUCCGUUAUAUGAAGUUUUAUUUUAUAAAUAUAUAAUUUUGUUAUUUUAUUUUUUACAUUUUAUUUUCUAGAUGAGACAUUUGUACAGUUUCAAGGAAACUCACAAAGCUUGUCGUAACCUCUAGACAAAUAAACAAGAUAACAAGUAGCAAAAGGUUAUCUUGAAUCUAAUGUGUACCAUUAUCAGUAUUUGGACCCUAGGUUAAUUAAGCUCAGUAAGUAGUAGAUUGGCAGCAGGUAGAGUGGAUAAAGGAUCUUGAAGGACCAUCCUUCUGACAUAUUGUCCAAUGGGCCAGUAUUGCCACUUAACUACUUGUUGGUAGAUCUUUUAUUUUGAUUCCAUUGUUACAAAUUUAGGUGGUCAUGGUUAUAGUGAUUCAUAUCUGUAACAUCUAACUUGCGUGUCUUUCUAAGCUCUGGGGCUUCAUAAUUAAAGGUGGUAGACUCAUAGCUUCUUGUAUACUUUAAAUAUGUCACACAGUGAAAGAAUCACUCCAAGAUUGAUCUGUGCAGGUCUACAAAAUAUUAAGCUUCGAAUCAGUGAAUGAAUUUUAUAAAGGUAUUUAUGUCUAGGAUUUCAAUGCUUGAUCAUCAUUAAAGGGGCAAGAUCAUUAUUUCUUUUGUUGUGGGAUUGUUGGAUGGAAAGUCUUCCUCCUGAAGAAUUAUGAUGACCUCAUUCUCCAGGGAACAAGUUCUGAUAGCUUCCCUUAAUAAGGGAAUUUGGUAUCCUAUUGGGUGAACCUGUCAAGCUUUACACAUUCCACUCAUUUAGAAUUCUCCAAGCAAAGAUGACUGAAAGAAUUCACAAUUUAAGACUCUAUACCACUAUUCACUGUACUAUUUACAGAAUAAAUAGAAAUACUCAACAUUUUUAAAUGGAUGUAUGAAAAAUUAUUUACUAAUUCUGAUAUGAAAAAGAACAGCUUUCCAAAGUAACCUUCACAGGAUAAACACAGCCAACUUCUCUUCACCUACCUGUCAUAGUAUAUUCAUUCUACUCCCUAAACCUGGAAAAGUGUUAAACCUGGUUUAUAAGCUACAUUUAGAUAUUUUUAUUUAUAACCACUUUGUCAAUUGAGAAUGAUAGAGGCUUAGUGUUUACAGUAAUGUACUUAGAGCAAAAUGGGCAGUAGUAUGUAUCAACAGUAUAUAGCUAGCAAACAAAAGGUAUACGAACGUCUACUGUAAGAUAUACUAUUAAUAGAACAGUAUUCUGUACCUUGACAGGACUUUAUUGAAAAUUGUUGUUUUAGCUUUGUACAAUGGACUUACUCUGAGUUAACACCAGAAAUAAACAUAGGGGUCAUAUUCAUAUCCAGUUUUCCCCGCAGCUAAUUGACUGCUUGGACUUCUUCAAUAAGCUCAUGCAUCCCCGCCUGUUAAGCUGCGAGGGUGUACAGUAUCAGGAGCUGUGCGGAAAGUCCAUGUUAUAGUUCACCCUCUGCAAUUUAACAAACAGGGAUUUUGCAUUUUACGUGGAACCUAUGGGUUACAUGUGGAACACGCCGAAUAAUUGAAUAGGUAAGUCCCUCACCUAAUUGGAUAUGCUCCAUUAUCUCAGAUUGUGUCAAUAUAAGGAAACCUUUUGUGAUGGCUACUUACCGGUAAUUAUAUAUAUAUAUAUAACCUGAAAUUGAGUCAGAAGGGAAGCAAAGUGGUUGAUGAUAACACUAAUUUAAUGCACUAAAAUGCUGAGGAUUAAAGGGAUUUAAGAAAAUGGUACCUUGAUGGUUAUUGUAUAUAUCUAAUAAUAGGUAAACUGUAAACUUAAAUAGUGGUAAGUAGCGGCUGGGUGGGUAUUUGCUAGUUCUUCUUUUAGAAGUAAAAUACAUUAAGGCUAAUUUAAUAGCAUGGUUAGAAUAGCACAACCAAUCUAAAUUUUACUAUGAUUUGUCUAACUUGCACUAGACUAAUCAAGUUAUGAUUUGUUGCAAGAGGUUACAAUACUUUGAUGUUAUUUGUGAUGUAAAGCACAAAGGAAGCAAAUCCCCAUUAUUUUAGGGGACCAGCAUUAUUUUUGCAAUGUGUCUAAUAUUUAUUUUCUAAACUUUUAUUUUAUUUCUGCUCUUUAAAAUAAAAUAAGAAUUGGAGAUACUGUAAUUAAAUUCACACAAAUAAAUUGAAACCACGGACAAAUUAAUCUGGACAAUAUAAGAGCAACACACUUUAGAAAGCCAAGCAGUAUACAGUAUAAUUUGCAAUUUUACAUUACUGUAGAUAUGAAUUUCUGGUUUUUAUCUUAAAUCCAUGGAUACCUUUUUUUCAUAUGUCCUUAAGUGCACCCAAUAUGUAUUACAAGUGCAGUAAAACAGAUUUGUUUUGAAUAUAAAUUAAGGAACCACACAGAACAGUCACCAGGAUAACCUAUUGUGCUGGAAAAGCUGGUGAUUAUUUAAUGCAGAAUAGGAGUAAUAUUGUAACAGUAGGUAUUUAAACACCCCCCCAUCCUUCCCUUUAUCUGUCAUACUGCUUCAUAUUAGCCAGACCAUAGUACAUUAAAGUUAAAUUAUAUUAGUCCAGUUCUGUUAAUUCUUACCAAUUUAUGAACAUGAGAUUUUUUUAAAGAGACAUUGGAUUGUAGUGCAUAUAUAAUAGGCUGUAAUGUUAAUGUCUUAAGCUGUGUAGUUGCAGCCAUUUCUAUGCUCUCUCUCUAUAUUGAGUUUUGUUAGCGUUUCUCAUCCUGCACUUUUUCUCCUGCAUAUACUGGAAUUUAUAUUUGUUAGUGGUUUGCCUUUUUUUUUUUAUUACUGGAACUAAGCGGUUCCAAGUUCGUCUAAUAUGAUUUAAACAGUUUAUGAAAUCAAUAUUGCAACAGAAUCCUUUUUGUACUAGGCUGCAGAGUAAACCUCACCACAUUAAAUAACUUUUGUGGCAUCUACUAUGUAUAUAUAAUUAUUUGCUAAACCAGUGACUAACAUUUAUACAAACAUAUGGUUACAAACUUAUGUAUCCCACUGAUCUUUUAAUGCAAUUGUUUCCAAUUGUAAAGCAUAAUGGAAUAUGCUGGGCAUAUACAAUUCAUAACAAUACUCAAAACUCAUAACAAACAAUCAGAUUCAAUCCAUUUACUGGAGCAGAUUUGGAAGUGAUUGCAAACCUCUAAUUGCUAUCAGCACUAGAUUUUCUUAUGCUACCUGCAGAAACUUUUCAGGAAAGCUCCCAAUAUAUCCAGUCUAACUAGAUUGAUAUCACUAUGGAAAUUGUAGGGUUUUUCCCAGACAAUUAACUUGCUGUCCCUGUAUUUUGUCAUUUGUUUAGCAACACCAAAGCAACACGCAACCGUUGUGUCAUAAAUGCUAAGUAAAAAAUUCCAGAUAUUUGUUAAUGAAACAAAGAUAUUUUUGUGAUGUAAAUUAUAAAAAUUGUUCCAGUUGUAAAUUUUGUAGAAAAAAAAAUUACAACUUUUGCUGGCAUAUAAACGUUAUUAGCCAAAUGUUAGACUUGUGCCAGUCUGCUUAAUUAACACCAAGAAGAUCUAAAUUAUCUCAAGCCAGCUGAUCACUGAUUGAUUAAAGUGAACCUCUUAUCCCCACAGAUGAUAAUGUUUUUAAAUAAAUAUUUGUAAAUUAUAAUACAAUGAAUUUUUACUUUUCAGCUACAGUCUUGUGCCAGUGCUAUUAGGGAAAUGUCAGCAAAUGAUUGCAGAUUUAUUAUUAACUAUAAACUUUUCCACAGAUUAGUAAAUGAUAUUUCCUCACAAAGUAUUAACCAUUACUGCUAAUCAACACUGUUUUGAUCUUACAAUAUAUUGCACUAGUAGAUUAUAAUUCUUUAAAUACAAUUUACUGAACUGAAAAUGAAUGUUCAUUGUUUGCAGUAGAACAUUUACUGAGGGUUUGGGAUAACACAGAUUGGAUGGUCAGAGAAUGUUGUUAGUGGAUACAGUGGAGUAUAAAAUUGAACAGGUGGUUGUGUUACUAAUCUAAAGGGAGAAGGAAGUGACCUAUGGACAUUGGCAGAUGAAAUGUAGGUAAGGCACACAGUCUUAGUAACAGGACUAGAGCAUUACUGAAUGCACACCAUUUAGCUGCUCUUACCUUACAUGUGUACAGUACAGUGGUACAAUGUGUUAUCCUGAUCUCUUAUUAAAACAUUUGACGGUAAUGCUGUACUAAAUGUGGGUGCAGAUAGAUUUCCAUCACCCCACCCCCCACCCCCAGUCCACUUGUGAGGUAAUUAUCAGUGAUCUUUAUGGAACAAAUAAACAUAGUUGUUUACUAACAUUGCCAAAGGAAAUUGCAGCAACUAAUCAGAUAUUCCCUUUCAUUUGUGUAGUGCAAGGUAUGUAUUGGAAGUAGAUGUCUAGUUGCUGUGGUUUUUGAGGCAUUUUAUACUUUCUGAACAUAGUUUAUAAUGUAUGUUCUGAACUGUGACUAAGACGUGUGCAACUUUUAUGGACUAAUUUGGUUGCACAUAAUUAAAUCUAGAGGGCCAAUGAGGUGUUCUUCUUUGUAAGUGAAACCAUUGUUAAUAGGAUGAAAUUAAGUUUGAUUAGCAUUGCACAAAAGUUGUAAUGUACAAAUCCAGCUUUGGGGUUUGUCUUCGUAGUCUUUAACACCCAUCCUUUAAUAUAUAGUAGACUUAAUUUGAAAAAAAAAAAAAAGAAAUCAAAUUCAGACCAGCAAAUGAAGAUACCAGGAGCGCCAACUGUUUGCCUGUCAGUGAGGAUGUACCUAACGCAAGGAAUGUAUAGUUAAAGGUUAUUUUAUACCACAAAAGCAUAAUAAUGCAAUAUUCAUUCAGUAGGUUAAGCCCUGAUCUGUCAUCGACCCUGAACAUGUGAUGUGACACUGAAGGGACCGGGGUCACCGUCAACAGUAAGAAGAGCAGUGCCUGGAAUAACCUAAAGAGCCUCCGGGCACCUCUACAGGCUGCAAGGUGCAUGGCUUUAGCGUCCUUUGGAUGCUUCGGAUGGCAUUGGGAGUUUUUUCUUUGUGUCAGGGUGGUGCCUUUCUACUCUCAGACAACUGCAAUUUUUCAGAUUAACGAUCCAUGCUGGAUUAGGCCUUAAAACUUGUAGAGUACCAGCCAACCAGCUUCUAUAUGCAACAUGGCAUUUAGGAGCUGUCUAGCAGGUACUUUAUCUCCAUUCACUUUAUCCCUCUCCAAGGCUUAAUGUACAGUAUAUACCUCAAAGUCUUUGUUUUCUUUAAUACUAUUAACCUUCCAAACAUUUGCAGUACAGCUGGGGAACAUGACACAGCUCAGGUACAGCAGAUUAUAUGUGAAUGCCAAAUACUGUAUACUGUAUGUUGGCUAACUUCUAAUGUCUCAUACAGUUCAUUUUCUAUUAAUAAAACUUAAAAAAAAAAAAAUCAGGUUAUCCUGUAAACAUCAAUUUAAACCAAUGUAGUAUAUUUAAUUUUAAUCCAAGCAUCUGUAUUGAAUUGGGCAAAUGUCACUUUCAGGGUAUAAUUAUUGUAAGAAUAAAUGAAAUGCCAUUAAUUGUUCAGUGUGACUUAUUUGCAGUAUAAACAACACACUGUACCUCAUCUAAUGUUCCCAAACCACAGGGAACAUAUCCUUUGCCUCCAUAUUGUCAUGUCUAUUACAAGCUGUCUUGGAAGAGCGAGAACUUUUCUGGCACUUUCUUUCUCAACAGGAAUGCAAGAAUUGGCUUUAACUUAAUUUGGCUUAAAUCAUUCUUAUUAUCAUUGUUUGUUUGUAAGGCGCCACAAAACUCUGCAGCAUUGGACAAAGAAAUGUAUAUACAAUAACAAAUCAUCCAUAGAAAGAAAUUAAGCUUAAAAACAAAGAGAAGAUCCGAGGUUGAGAGGAUUUGCAGGCAGAGAGUAUAGGGGCCUUGCUCCUAAGAGCUUUCAGUAUAGACUGUAAAAAAGCAAUAAGGAAAAAUGAAGCAUGUGGCCUGUGUGUGCGCAGUCACAUGUCCUCUGUGUUUCAGGGGGAAUCCAGCUACUGACCAAAAACACUGCAUGGCUAGAUCGCAUCGGUGAUCAUUUUACUAGUCGCUUUGGCCUGGUGGUAGGCUUGGCCAGUGUGUAGCCAGCAACAUAUUGUGUCAGGUUAUUUAGUUAUGUUCUAGAACUAAUGUUCUUCUUAGUUUAAUUUUACUUCAUUCUGUGUCUUGUUCUGUUAGCAGGAAGAUCUUCUGUUUAUGUAUGAACCAAGAGGACUCCACAAUAUGAGCUCUGUUUUAGCUGUAGCUGUUCUAAAUCUGACAGCUAAGAGCAAUCGAGCUAAUAAAAUUAUUCAACUAUAAGCCGAUCCAUAAAGCAAAAGUAACUUUUAACGGACAAGUCUAAAUAGAAGACCUCUGUUUAGAAUAAACAUGUAAUUUAUUUUGUCAGGAGUCCAAACUCAUUCAGAUCUGUUCUGUAGCUAAUUUUUCAUUUUUUUCACAAACAAUACUGUACUGUUUGUUUCCUUGUUGCCUAUAAAGGUAAAGGUGUAUCUAAUUCUGAUGACUUUCAUUUAUUUGCUUGUACAUACCCCUCUGAAACAUUUACUGGUUACUUCUGUUUUUUGAACCAUGUUUUAUAAUGGUCACAUACAGUAUUUCAUUUUAUUUAGUUGCCCUGGGCUCUUAUACGUCUUCUGUUUUGCGUAGAGUUGUAUUCUGAUUGAGAGCAUAUAUGUGCUUAUAAAGGGAAACAGCACUAUACAGCUGUGUGAUGAUAUAGGUAAAGGUCAAAAGGUACAAAGACUGGAAAUAUGCCUACAGUAUUAAUUGCUUCAAGAGGACAUGCGCAAGCCAAUAAAUGAGUUAUGUGAAGGUGGAUAAUUAUUGUUAAACUGGAAUGAAUAGUAAAAUAAUACUGACAGUAAUUAGUUUGUUUUACACCAUAGAUUUGCAAAAAGAGGAUCAUGGGAAUCUGCACUAAGUGGUCAACAGGUCCAUGCUAUGGUAUGCCUCUAAAGUAUACCCAUAGGUUACACAAUUUUGGAAUAGAUGCCUUUAUCUGUCUUGUCAAAAGAAAACCUUUCAAAUUUAAUGUGGAUAAUACAACUUAUGUACAUCACUUAGGAUUUAUACAUAGAGAUACUGUGUGCGGCUUGUUUGAGUGCCAUUCAGUAUUUUAAUAAAGAUCUGGGUCAUGACACAAGUUUAUGUGUAAAAAAAACAUGUCUACCAAUUUUGUCACUACUUUAUAUUUGACCCAUUGACUUAGGAGCAGUUUAUAUUUUUAGCUAUACUUUUCAUUUUGACUUGUAGCACUUAAGUUUUUAUCUAUUUUUGAAAUCCAAAUGGUUUAAGUUGUAAGCAACAGAUUAAAACAAAUAAAAGUGUUAUGUUUUUA